GCAAGAGGCUGGCAGGCUGGUGGCUGGUGGCCGGGCGGCGUUCCCAGCAUCUUCCCAAAGACAGAAAUUCUAGUUCUGCUUUCGGCUGCGCCCAUUAACUCGGCAUCGCGGUGUAUAGGGUCGGGUCCAAAACAAAAUGUCCGAAAUGUCUCUCCUUCUGACGUCUCAAGUCCUUCGCGAGCAGCUGAGCGUCAUCAUGGCGGCGUUGAGCAAGGCAGCCGUGCUUGACAUCUGCGAGCUGCUCGAGCGAGGCUUGGCCGGCCUCAGAGAAGAAGUCAGCCGCAGCCAGCAGGAGAACCGAGAGCUCCGGAGCAGACUCAGCCUCAUCGAGUCCGUCGUGGUCCGCGGAAGCCUCGGCGGCGGCGCCCCGCGGAAGGACGCCCUGGAGGAACCGGAAGGACAGCGGGACGGCGGAGGGGCUCCUCUCCCUGAUGUGGUCCUGAUCAAAGAUGAAGACUCAGAUUGUGAGAAAGAAGAUGCGAUGUCGGCGUUUGCUGUGGAGGACUGUACGGAGGACAUCGCUGCGCCGUCGCCCGCCCGGCGAAGGAAGCGAAAGGGGCUAGACAAGGACUCGGACAGGAAGUCCAGCCCCGCGGGGGUGCACAACAUGGCUACCGUGUACUCGUUGGACUCCGCACAACUGGCUGUGGAUAACGUUGCGGCGGGAGCGUCAGAAGCUGACGUCCAUCUUUUGGAGGGUGAUGUUCAGCUACCCGCUGACCAGCUGCCUUAUUUCCCCAGCAUGUCUCUGAUGGAACCUCACCUGUCCGAAAACGUCGGCAACUCUUGGAGCGAGCCGACGUCCGAUCAAGUCGCCUUCACUCACUUCGACCACGAUGAGCCCGGCGGCGCCUUCGGGCUCAAGAUGGUCAGCGUGUCGGGCUCGGCGCCCCCCGACUGUGACGUUGCCGCCUUCCAGUACCGAGACGGCGAGGCGGCAGCGCCGGACAGAGGGCGGCGCCACGUUUGCCGCGUGUGCAACAAGACGUUCGCUACGGUGCAGAGCCGCGACGUGCACAUGCGCAUCCACACGGGAGAGAGGCCCUUCGGCUGCCAGCAGUGUGGAAAACGUUUCACGCAAUCGGCGCACCUCAAGUCGCACCAGAACAUCCACACGGGGGCGCGGCCCUACGCCUGCACGCUGUGCCCGCGCACCUUCCUCGCCCAUCACCCUCUCAACAUGCACCUCAAAAAGUGUCACACCAACACGUGAAAGCCAUCACAUAUUAUAUCAGCAUUACUGUUAUUAUAAAACACACAUCGUCAUUAUUAUUUAAACACUCUUAGCAUUAGAUUCAUAUUUGGAAAGUUUAUGUAUCAUUGCGGCGCAAUUAAAGCAGCAGAGACUGGCACAGUGUUUGACACAAGUUUAUAACAACACAAACGAUACAUAAAUAUAUACGGACGUAAAAUGAGGGGUACCAGAGGUUAGAGUUCUGCGAAUUCAGGGUUGGAAAGUCCCCAGAAUUUUCAAAGUUGUAAACAUUACAUGGGAAUUAACAGCAAUUUAUGGGAACACACCAGCCAUUUACCAAAUUGAACACAGAAUAUUGUGUUCUGCAGCAAGAUAAGCAAAAAAAAAAAUUUAUAGUGUUUUCCAUUGUUCAAUCAGCAACAUGGGUUGGUUUCACCAAAAGCACCGGUUUCCGACCAAGCGGAGAAAAACAGCUUUUGGUCAAAAGAAACAUUUGGAGCAGAACAGUGACUUUGCCGCUAAAAAUGUUGCCUUUUUGUAACAACUCAAACUAUAAAACAAUGAAUAGCAGACUUAGAAAGGGCUUUUGAUGGCCAAAUGCUUCUUUUAUUUACAGAUGUACAACUAAGAAAUGUGCCGUGAGCGAUGCCGACUCACUGCGUGGCUCGAGUUGAAUGUCAAUGGAUUUUUUUUUUUUUUUUUACAAAGUUUCCUCAUUUAGAUUAUUUCCCCCAGUUUAAAUUUCCUUGGAAAUUUACUGGAAAUAUUUGACCCUUUUGUAACCUUAGUUAGCAUCCUCUUGGCGUCCUGUUAUUUGCUUGUGUUCAUGCCACACAACUGUAUCAUCAUGGGUGUCACAUUUCUUCCUACCUUUUUAAUUAAUGGUAUAAGCAAGAGACAGGAAAUGGACUCACAACCCCAAAAUUAAAAGUGCACCUUUCUGAAUAAUAGCUGAUAUGUUGUACAGUGCUGUGAAAAAGUAUCAGGCCCCUACUCAUACUCUUAUUUUUUUUUGUUGCAUUGUUUCUCCACUUUGUGUAAGAUCAUCAAACAAAUAUAGGUAAAUAUAACUUAAAAUGCUGUUUUUUAAAUGUUGAUUUCAUUUAUUAAGGAAAUAAUAAAUAAAGGUUACCUGGC